ACUGCGUCGUGCCACACUCCCAAUCCCACCCAUCCCUUUACACACACACACACACACACACACACACACACACACACACACGCACGCACGCACACUCACACACCAUGGCGACCCCAGCAGCAACCAAGCGCCUCACCAAGGAGUACGCCACCAUCGCCAAGGCGCCGCCACCCUACAUCGUCGCCCACCCCUCAGAAAAGAACAUCCUCGAAUGGCACUACAUCCUCACCGGCCCGCCCGAGACACCGUACGAAGGCGGCCAGUACUGGGGCACCCUCAUGUUCCCGCCCGACUAUCCCUUCGCACCGCCCGCUAUCCGCAUGCACACGCCCUCCGGCCGCUUUCAGCCCAGCACGCGCCUGUGCCUCAGCAUAUCCGAUUUCCACCCCAAGAGCUUCAACCCGGCGUGGGAAGUCAGCACCAUCCUCACGGGCCUGCUGAGUUUCAUGACAAGCGAGGAGAUGACGACGGGUAGCGUGCGCGCCAGCGAGCACGAGCGCAAACUGUUUGCUCAGCGCACGCGCUGGUGGAAUAGCACGGGCGGCGGGUCGAAGCAGACGAGCGCACCGAGCGCGAACUCGCGUGGUAUCGGGGGCAUAAAGGCCGGCGACGGCGGCGCCAAGUUCCGACUGGAGUGGCCCGAGGUGGACGAGGAGAAUCUGAAGUGGAUGAAGGAAAAGAACAUCGACACCGCUACGGGUCUGCCGCGCCCUGCACAGCCGGCCGCACAAGCACACUGCCCGCCCGAGGUCGCUGGACUGAGACGAAGGCCAAACGGGAGUGCGUCCACAGUUGUGCAGGAUGCGCAGAUUGCGAGGGAAGCUGGACAAGGCUAUCUUAGCAGGAACAAGUGGAAGAUCAUCUUCGGCACUAUCCUGGCAUACAUCCUCGUGGCUAGGGUUCUGGGUGACGGCGCUGUAGCGACUGCGUCAUAGAAGUCUCCUGCGCAGCACGAGAUACUGUGUACGUCUAUCGCAGACAUGCACAGCAGACGACUUUGGGCGAAUACUGGGAGGCAUAGCAUGGCCACGGCGUCUUGGUACUUGUUUCAGGCCACUCGGUGUACAUCUCAUACACCUAGAGGUGCU